AUGCCGUCCUCAAUGACCGACUUGUCGACGCGCAAUCGCAGCGACUCCGGCGAAAGUUCCGAGCUGCCAGAGCAUGAGCACAAGCGUCCGAGGCUGAGUGACACGGAGCCUGAUGAGACACAUAUAAUGUCCGAUCUUCUGCACAUUGACACUCAUCCUGCGCCUGCCGCCUCAGACAAGGACAGCAAUGGUCAUGAGGAAGGAGGUCAUAUCCAUAACCCCCCAUUACCCCCUCGAGCUACGGUCCCCGCUGCUGCCGUCACCGCCAUCUCUCCUACCAGCAAAGUGACCAUUAACACCCGUCCUCUAUCCUCUCAGUCUGUCACACAGCCAACUUCACGAAACAUGCUGUCGACCUCACCUACCUCGGAAGUUGUUUCUAUCUGUGGCGAUGGAACUCAAGACUUUAAGACUCCUACUGCCCCAAAUGCUGAUCCCCAAGAUACCAUCUCAACCCCUUCUGCAGGGAGCAAAAGCCCUGAAAUUGAGAUUGCUGAGGUGGAAGAUUUCGACCAAGACCCUGCACAGACGAGAUGGACUGGUCGUGUCGGGUCCGGUGCCAGAGAGUCACUGCCUAGAACCAUUCAGCCCGGACAUGUUUACCGCACGUUUCCCUUUGCGCACGAGAUGGCCCCUGGAAGUACUCAUCGCAUGGUCACUAGAAUGGCAGAUCGGUUCCAAAAUGCUGGCCCGCAGGAUGGGGACAUAUUCCGGCAGGUCAGGAAGUGGAUGAUCGACUUUGUCUCUACAUGCGACAAGUUCACGGCAAGCAUUUACGACGAGGAUCGGGAAUUCUGGCAGCGGCUUCCAGACCUCGUCGAAAGCUUGCUAAGACGUGAAGCUGGCCCCCCUGCACAGGCUCGAACAGAUGAUCUUGUUGAUUUCUUUGUCGCGUAUGGACAACUCACCAAGCUACUCAUGGACUACGACACACUUAGCCUACGGGCAUUCUCGGAAAAUGCAGACCCACGACGCCUGAAACCCCUGGUGUUGGUGUCUGGGACAUAUCUACAACCACUAGUCUGGCUCUCGCAAAGCAGAAUACCCUUUUAUGAAUCGCUGCGAACAACACUGAAUUUCCAUGUGUUGCAGUUCCUCACACUCCUUCUCGAUAGACUGGGAGACCACUCAGCAAUAGCAUUGUUGCCAUCCAUCUCCGCACUACUGUCAGAAAUAUGUGCAGUCCUACCCAAGAAGCCUGACUUGUUCCGACACGUUACCUCAUUACUGCUCUUGACCAUGCAUCUCAUGGGCCCUCUCGCGAGGACCGUCACUGGGGACGUGGGCUAUGACUACUCGGCAUUUUCACACCUCGAUUACAUCCGGGAUGAUGCCGCCGGAAUCAUACUGAAGGCUGACGACAUUGUUCAGCAGGCCAUCGUAAAGCAAGCCUCCUGGCUGAACCUCGAGACCGCCCCGAAGAUCAUCGAGUUCUUAAGCCCACUGAUGGCAUGCAUAGCCGUUGAGGUUCCGGCAAUCGGUCGGGACAUCAUUUCCUCGGCCGGUGUUGGCUUCGCUGAUUCUGACCUUACGGAUUUACCCAGCACAAUGCCUCACGCCUGGAAGUUCAAAACCCUACGGAAAUUCGUCACGAACGGACGGAUGGAGCUCAGGGUAUACGGCGUGGAUGUUAUGUCGAACGAUCUCAUCCAAAUCUACAGAGAGCACAUCCUGGGAAAGCCGCCGCCUCCAACGGCAAAUCCUUUGAUUCGGUUCUUGGUGAAAUUCAUUGACGAAAAUCAGCUUGUGGACUAUAUUGUCGGCGUUGACUCACACCCCCAAAUAAUCCGCCGGGCCCCUAAUAUUGUCGGCUUUCUCUGUGUCUCUGGAACAUACACCGAAAGCCAUACCGACAUGAUCUGGAAGACAAUUGUUGAAAGUCAGGAUCCUAACACCGUGCAUGAAGUGUUCAACCUCCUGCAGCAGUGCUUUCACGUGUAUGACAUUCAUGCACUGUACUACAUCUGCAGGAAACUCCUGGAAUACCCUUUUCAGCGCCUUGACAUCCACGCCCUGAAUUUUAUUAUCACUGUCUUUGAUAACCUCAAAGGUCAUCUCGGUUCAGCACCAUUGCAGUCUACCAUCGUGACAACCCCUAUCUCGCGUCAGUUAUGUAUCAGAUUGCUGCGAGAGGCGUCAAAGGAGGAAAAUAUCCCAUUGGAACAUGCUGUCUAUAUCCGACGAGAGUUUCCUCAACAAAUGAUCAACCUUCUCGCCUUAGGUCGAGCUGAAGCCACCGAGGCUACCGUCGACGAGGACGAGCGGACAACGCUUUUCAGAGAUGCUGCCAGCAACAUCGAGGCGCACAAUGACGAAUCCACUGGCGACGUGCAAGUCCUUACCUGUCUCUUGAAGAUGCUGACAAAAGGCACUAUUUUGAAGCUGGUUCAGAAGUUCGAGCUGUCUACCCUCCUGGUCGCCGAUUUUGUACAUCUGUACGAGCGAUAUCGUAUUGCAAGCGAGCGGAAUGAACCACUUUCAGCGUUUGAGGUGAUGUACGAAACCAGAUCGUCACUUCUCUACCAUCUCAUCGCCCUGGCACCGGAGACAUUCUCUGACGAUAUGGUGGGAUCACUCUGGUCGUCGCUUUUCGCUGCACAUCAGCUUUCUGCUUCUAUUCGAGCGGGGGCCUGGGAAACCCUGAACUUCGCAAUGCGCCCUAGACAGGAAACUGCCUUUCUAGAUUUGGUCAUUGACAAAUAUCUGCAAACUCUCCGCCCCCAGGAUUACAGCGAAAGAGUGUUAGAUUUCAUCAAAGCCUCCGUUUAUUACACCGUUCGACGAUCCCCGCAAGCCCCGCAGGAAUCUGGCGACGUCGUCAUCGUACCAGGAAUCGAGAGACUGUGGAAGGUGAUGCUUGAAGCACCACCAAAUACCGUCGAAAAUGAAGCCACGGACUACAUAAUAAAACAAUAUCUGGACAAUCCUCUUGUCACGAGGUGCUCAAAGGCGGCGGUAAAUGCAACUCACUCUUCUCUUGUUGAUCGCUGCGUUCAGCAGGUUAUAGCAUCAGCCUCAAAGCUCAAAUCAUACACCGAUGGCACCAUGAGCGGUGAAGACGAGCCUAUGGUUAUCAUUGCAUCUGAAGACGAGAUUCGCGCUGAAGAAUUGAGAUUUGACCGGUCGCUCUUGUUCUUGAGAAAGUUCCUGGAAGGCAUGAAGUCGAGACCACGGUACAGCCCAGUCCCUGGUCAACAUGAACAGGGUAUGCCAGAGUAUCAGGACAGAAAGGGUGAAUAUGUGGAAUUGAACGUUCAAAUCUAUGGGAGCAAAUAUGUCUCAAACAACAUGCAAAAGCUCGCCGUUGGCUCGGAAAAUACUGGAGACGAACUGUUCAAGUAUCUGUCUAACGCUAGUGGCUUUACAGAGUUCACCGUCUACCACUAUGGACGUCAAAUCCCUCUGAAAGGUCGAAGUUCCACCAUAGCAGAGUUAAAACUGUCUCGGGGACUUCUCAUCCUCAACAAGACCGCCAAUAGCCUAGAGACCGUUCCUACGCGCCCGGCUCGCGCUACGUCUCCUGUGGAUAACAAGAUUAUGCAUCACUUUGACGAUCUGUACGAUCUCUUAGAUGCAGACGAACGACUUUCAAGGGAAGUCUACAGUUUUCUCAGCCUCUUCUCGGCCCAGAAUGAAGUGGUUCGGAUCGUGCGAUCACGAGAAAGAUUACCUACGGAUCUCCUUCCUCCCAACAAACCAUUCAAGCUUCUGUACUGUGCAAGAGCACUGAGGUCCUGUAUCGAAGAUGAGUCAUUCAGUUCGAGCCCAGAAACUCAGUUUCUGGUCUACAGCAUUCGGACCAUCGUGGCCGUUUUCCCGAGGCUGGACUUGAGCAACCCAGGCGAUGCCCUGCAAGUUUCAAUUACCCAUGGAUUAAUUGAAGCGCUUCUUCUUGCGUUCCGGGCCAAAGUAUCCCCAGAGAUCUCGCGUGAAUACAUUGAAGACCAUAAAGAGUUUGCGGUGCAGAUGUCAAGGCUUCUGCGCUUCUCCUUGAGGAACUGUACUAGCAGCACAGGUGAACUGUCAACGCCAGCCAUGGUCAAACUGAUUAUGGAGACGUUCAUUGAAGCUUGCUUGCACGACGAACGCAUUUGGGAUCAUUUGGGUGCUGAGACAACGUUCGGCGAUUUGGCCAUGACUGCCUUUGUCAGUGAUCCGCGUGUCGAGGUACGACACUCACUCCUUGAGGUUGUGGUGGGCUUAACUGGCGCUGCUGGCAUCAAGUUGCAGCUCAAGGUCAAUAAUCCCCGGGCGCCGCGAUCUCGGUUCCCGCCCACGACCAUUGAAAGCUGCCUGUCGCAUAUCUGGGAAGCCCUGCUCGCUGUUCUACCGAACGCCUGCCAGCAACCCGAGCGCUGUUCCGAAGUUUGCGAGACAAUGCUUUCCAUCCUGAGACGAAUUGGCAAAUCCUUUUCGAUCCCGAGUCUGCGUCGACACUUUGACCAGUGGAGUACAAUGCUGGUAAAACACAAACAUGUGGAGGUUGUGGGUCAACCUUUGAAGGACCAUGUUGUCGCCACUCUUACCAAGCUUCUGCUUGAGUGCUCCAAGUUGUUGAAGAAUGCAAAUGCUUUACCAUCGAGCAGCCUCGUCAUCGACAAAAUUAUAUCGCGGUUUCUUUUCCCUCCACUAUCUGAGGCCGGAUUGGCGACAGAGGACACCAUCAUGGUGCCGGUACUCGACAUCACUGUGCGGGAGAAUCUGUACAGCCUCAUACUAGCUCUGUGCCAGGAUUCUCAAGACAUCGCGGUUGUUGUAACCAAGCUGAGCGACGAUUUGCUUCCAGAUGACUUUUUCGAGCCGCUUUUUGGGCACGACCGUCAGUGUCUUCGCUCGGAGGUUGGCUAUGCUGGUCUACGCAACCUUUCCAAUACAUGCUACCUCAAUUCCCUUUUUUCGCAACUCUUCAUGAACGUUGAGUUUCGGGACUUUUUCCUUAUCAGAGCAGGCCUGCAUGAUCCAAAGCAGAAACUGGUCUCGGAACUCUCAAAAGUGUUUGCUCACAUGCAAAACUCGUACGAGAAGUCCAUUGAUCCAUCUGGCGCAGUCGAAGCAAUCACGACCUAUGAAGGAGAGCAAAUCGAUGUCUCGGUGCAAAUGGAUGUGGACGAGUUCUUCAAUCUACUAUUUGACCGGCUCGAAGGACAGAUCGACCAGCAAGCGAGGGAUGUCUUCAAGUCUAUGUACGGUGGGCAGUUGGUUCAGCAAGUCAAAUCCAAGGAGUGCGAGCAUAUCUCAGAAAGACUGGAACCUUUCUCUGCAGUGCAAGUGGAGAUCAAAGGCAAAGCACGACUAGAAGACAGCCUUCGUGCUUAUGUCGAAGGUGAGGUUCUACAAGGCGAGAACAAAUAUUCUUGCACUUCUUGCGGGCGCCACGUGGACGCUGUGAAACGGGCUUGCCUGAAAGAUGUUCCGGACAAUCUCAUUUUCAACCUCAAACGCUUUGACUACGACAUCAUGAAUGGAACGCGAGCAAAGAUCAACGAUGAAUUUCAGUUUCCUGAUACACUUGACAUUGCUCCAUAUACUCUUGCAAGACUCAGCGACGACGAGGAACCGGGAGAACCAGACUAUUUCCAACUUACAGGUGUAAUCGUCCAUUCGGGUACGGCAGACUCAGGACAUUACUAUUCAUUUAUCCGUCAACGACCAUCUGCGAAACCAACUCACGAAUCCUGGGUCCAAUUCAACGACCAGGACGUUGGCGUUUUUGACCCCAGCCUUAUGCGGGAGAGCUGUUUUGGUGGCAGCUCUGACGUCCCCUUCUACCCCAUGCUAAAGUUCAACAGCGCAUACAUGCUGUUUUAUCAGAGAACCUCCAGCAUUCAGAGGGUCGAAGAGCAAUAUCGUCAGCAUGAUGCCGUCAACCCUAUCCGUCUUCCUCUACCGCCGGCGAUGGAGCAAUACAUUGCCCAACAAAAUGAGCUAUUCUUACGGUCAUAUUGCGCCCAGGACGGUGCGCACGCACAAUUCAUUCGUCAGUUGCUUGAUCGGAUGAGAGCCGGGGUAGACGGAUGCAGUGAUGACCACACUCUCGAGUCCAGUACCAUCGAAAUGGCUUUAGAGUAUGUUCGACAGAUCUCGGGUCGCUGGAAGGAGUGUCCGUCGCUUGAAGACACCAUCAAAGCCCUAAUCCAAUAUUCCGAGAAGUGUCUGGACUGCGCCAAAACCAUCUCACAAUGGUUUUCUCGUAAUCGAAUUCUCGAGGAUGUGAUUGUCCGGAGCCCGUACCAGCUCGUCAGAAAGUCUUUUGCUCAUCUCUUCUAUGUCGUGUUCAAUCGCCUUCACUUGGCCAAAGAGAUGAUGAGUACUACCGAUGAAGCGUAUGCUCAGUUGGCAGCCGACUAUAGCAGGUCUCUUUCGGAUUGCGUCGCUCAACUGUCCCACGCAUGGGAUGUGGUGACCAGGAGUGGCCGUUGUUGGACCGAAUACUUCAGCAUUCUGAAUAACAUUCAGGAAUUUGGAGAUGAUGAGGCGAUGCUCCUUCUUGACGAGGACUACCUUGAAAAAUGUCUCGACAUAAUCAUGAUGCAUCUCCACAACCCGAUGGAGUUUUCGAUAUCUAGGAGAUUGAGAGCACGAUACGGUGUUUACUUGGCGGCACGCGAGAGGAACCGACCAUUCAACCAUGGAGUCCUCAUCAUGUUUCUGGUCAAUCUGUUGCUGAGGGUUGAUCUACACCACAUGCCGGAUGGAAAUUAUCGCGUUUCUGACAAGAAGAUCGGUCUAACUCCCCGUGAGCUUGAUAUUCUGGGAAUCGCGAGAGUACCUCCCAGUUUGGAGUGGCUACGACGUCUCAUCGCUGGGCGUCAGGAUCCCGCAGCGAUUAACAGUCUUGUGGCGUAUCUGGCCGGAGAUCGAAGUCUUGCUGGGUCUCUUUCGGAUGUCCUACUCAGAGGGUUAAAUGAUCGGAUGAUCAAUACUGCCAUCAGAUUCCUUCGGCCGGUCUUGGUCUUCUGCGAGAAUUGCCAUUCGGAAAAUCAGAUUCUUGACCUCGUGCAGUCAGCGCUGGACAGCAUUGCCACGGUGGGUGUGGAUUAUGCUAAGGACUAUUUUGACUUUGUUGAUGCCCUGAUGAAAGUUGAAAAUCCGUACAUUCAUGCCAGCGCAGGUUUCAUGGAGGAAAUAGUGUUGCAAACCGUCCAGCACUGGGCACCCAUAUUCCUGCUUGCACCUAGCGAUAAUCGAGGCAACAUCCGACUCGCAACAGUGGACAUGUUGACACGGAUACUAUUCAAUCCUCUACACGCUGCCGAGGACCAAGAUCCGCGAGUCGUUCGGGCCCUUCGUACGGUCUGUCAGGAACUCGCAUGUUGCUCGCACACAUUCGUUCAAGGCACCUUUCUGAAUCCCCGAAGCCGAGAUAUUUCGAUCCUCCAGCCAGGUCAGGCGAGCCAACUGAUUGAUGUGGUGGAGCAUUGUUUGAACUUUUUUGACGUCGACAAUGUGAUUCAGGAGGAAAAAGUUGGCGAGAUCCAGACUGCCAUGGCUGCCUUGAGGGCGAAAGCUGAGUCUGCUCUUGAAACACUGAGCUCAGCAGAGUGGCAAGAGAACAGCAGUGAGAUGGCCGAGCUGAGUGGAGAGGACUACGAGGACGCGCUCAGUCCAUGA